AGCCGAGGAACGAGAGUUCUGGUCUACCAAGGCUGUUUCUAUGUUUGGUAGUGAGGACAGUCAAUGUCUAGAACCUUGUUCCCCGAAGAAGUCCUUGAGCAAAUCCUGAUAAGGUUGAGUGUGAAAGAUCUGAUCCGUUGCAGGAGCGUUUCUAAAUCAUGGCUUUCGUUGAUCUCUGACCCUAAUUUUGUGAAAGGCCAUCUAAAAAAUAGUCAUAACCGUGAUCGCAAUGAUGAUGGAAUCGGAAACAGGAGAAUCGUUAUGUCAAUUAUUCCCUGUUGCUAUAGGCAUCGUCUAUAUGAGCGUGAUGAUAUCUUUUUUGAUGCUCGUGAAUGUCAUCUAUUCGGUUCUGCCAAUGGUUUGGUAUGUGUUUCUCCCUCUCAUUCUGAAAUUUUACUUGUCAAUCCUGAAACCAGAGAGGUGAAUAAACUGAAAAAUCCCCAUAUCCCUGAAAUCGGAUAUCUUAUUGGGGGGUUUGGUUAUGAUCCAUCCACGGAUGACUACAAGGUGGUAUUAGGGUUCACAAGAUUUAGGGGUUAUACCUGUUUUAAAGUGUUCACUUUAAAAUCUAAUGUCUGGAAAGUUAUUGGAGACUUUCAUUAUACUCUUUUCAGUAGGGUUGGUAUCCUUUGCAAUGGGGCACUUCAUUGGGUUGCGAAACAUGAUAAUAAAAAAGCAAUUCUUUCUUUUGAUUUAUCUGAGGAUAAACUUAAGGAGAUCCCGCAACCUGAUCAUGUGUUAUAUGAGGUUGGUAUUGCUGGCUACUCAUCAAUGCGUUUGGGGACCUUGGAUGACCGUCUCUGUGCAUAUCGUAGUGAAAUGGUUCCAUACAACAUAUGGGUAAUGAAUAACUACAAUGUGAAGCAGUCUUGGGAGCUUGUAGAUCCUGAAAGCAAGACUAAGUAUGAAGCUGUGCACCGAUUGAAAGAUUUAAAGCACUACAUCCCAAAUAAGAGGUCCUUCUGUCAUGAAAAGUGGAUUGUCAAAACUCCAGAGUUUGUAGGGUCCCUUACGUAUGUGCCAAGUCUUGUAUCUCCACAUGUUUGCAGGAAACUGAAGAGAAAGAGGCCGGAAACAGGUAGCACAAAGAGUGGCAAGGGACCAGAUCUCAAGCUGUGGGAACUCAUCUUGAGAGAUAUGCAAUGCAAAGAUCCGGGUCUUAAGAAUAAAGCAUCGGAGGUGAUCUUAUACAAAAGCUACUGAGCACAGCCAUCGUCUUCUGAAUAUCCGGGGUUUUGUUCAAAACUAGAACUUUAAAACUCAGUCUUAUGUCAGAGUCUAUUGGAUUGUCUUAUCUAUCGUGUGUUUGAUGGUCUUGUAAAUGCUUUUAAGAUUGUUCCGUCUGUGGAGUUCUGUAUUGUAUUUGAUGGUAUCUAAUGUCUUAAAGUUUGGUACUUUCUUGAAGCUUUGUC